GGAAGGGUAGCUACCUCUGACCAGCAACAACAAGGAUAGGAUCGGAAUCGGACGGACGAGCGCCGACCGACCGGCUGACCGCACAGCGCACCGCCGAGAGGCGAGGCGGGAGAGCCAAAGACCAAACCAACUUGUGCAAGUCCAGGCUAGAGUCGUGCGUGCAGUGGACGCUCCUCCCUUCUUCCUCCCGAAAAAGCUCCCACCAUGACGGUUGAUUGAAGGAAUUGGCCUCCUCGCUCGCUCGCUCUAACCGCCCCUCCACCGCACCAACAAACUAAGAUAAUCAUGAAGCUGGCCGUCGAGAUCUCCGACGCCGCCGACCUCGCCCCCAAGGACGGCGCCGCCUCCUGCAACCCCUACGUCGAGGUCGACUUCGACGACCAGCGCCAGCGCACCGCCACCAAGCCCGCCGACCGCAACCCCUACUGGAACCAGACGCUCGUCUUCGACGUCCGCGACCCCGCCAGGUUCCCCUCCCUCGCCAUCGAUGUCUCCGUCCUCCACGACCGCCGCCACCAGGACCACAACGCCCUCCGCCCGCACACCUUCCUCGGCCGCGUCCGCAUAAACGCCGCCUCCGUCGCGCAAUCCUCCCAGGAGGCGGUCCUCCAGAGGUACCCGCUCGAGAAGCGGGGGCUCUUCUCGCGCGUCUCAGGAGACAUCGCGCUCAGGAUCUACCUACUCACCAGCAGCCAAAAUGGAGACAACUCCAACAAUGCUGCUGCUGCUUCCAUGGACGACCAGCAGCAGGAGCCCGAAAGGAUCGUCAGCUCCGCCUUCGCACCACCAGAGGGGAAGAGCGGCAGCAGCAGCCACGACCACGACGACCAGGAGGAGCCGCGACCGCGCAUCUUCCGCUCCGUGCCUGCGGCAGCAGGAGGAGGCGACCAGCACCAGCAGCCGCGCCGCGCCUCUCUCCACGCCGUCGCCGCGCCUCCCCCGCCGCCCGGCCAGACGGUCGUCAUGCCGCGCCCCGCCGCCCCGCCCGGCCCCCCGCCCGGCGGCGCCUACGGCCUGGUCGAGACCAAGCCGCCGCUGCCGGCCAAGAUGGGCCCGCGCGCCGCCGCCGCCGCCGCCGCCAAGAUCGCCUCCACCUACGACAUGGUGGAGCCGAUGACGUACCUGUAUGUGAGCGUGAUCAAGGCGCGCGACCUGCCGACCAUGGACGUGACCGGCGCGCUCGACCCCUUCGUGGAGGUGAAGCUCGGCAACUUCAAGGGCGUGACCAGGCACCUGGAGAAGAACCCCAACCCGGUGUGGCGGCAGACCUUCGCCUUCUCCAGCGAGCACCUGCAGGCCAACCAGCUGGAGGUGGUGGUCAAGGACAAGGACAUGAUCAAGGACGACUUCGUGGGCCGCGUGCUCUUCGACAUGACCGACGUCCCCGCGCGCGUGCCGCCCGACAGCCCGCUGGCGCCCCAGUGGUACCGCCUGGCCGACCGCUCCGGCGAGAAGCUGCGGCACGGGGAGAUCAUGCUGGCCGUGUGGAAGGGCACGCAGGCGGACGAGGCGUUCCCGGAGGCCUGGCACUCGGACGCGCACUCGCUGCCCCUGGAGGGCCUGGCCAGCACGCGCUCCAAGGUGUACUACUCGCCCAAGCUGGCCUACCUCAAGGUGGUGGCGAUCGCGGCGCAGGACGUGGUCCCCGCGGACAAGGGGCGGCCGCUGGCCCCCACCAUCGCCAAGAUCCAGCUGGGCGGGCAGGUCCGGCGGACGCGGCCGCAGGGGUCGGCGAACCCGGCGUGGAACGAGGAGUUCAUGUUCGUGGCGGCGGAGCCGUUCGACGAGCCGCUGGUGGUGACGGUGGAGGAGCGCGUGGCGGCGGGGCGGGACGAGCCGGUGGGGCGCGUGAUCGUGCCGGUGGCGGCGCCGUACGUGCCCCGGAACGACCUGGCCAAGGCGGUGGACUCCAAGUGGUUCAACCUGUCGCGGGCGCUGACGGCGGACGAGGCGGCGGCGGGGAAGAAGGACUCGAAGCACUUCUCGAGCAAGAUCCACCUGCGGCUGAGCCUGGAGACGGCGUACCACGUGCUGGACGAGUCGACGCACUACGCGAGCGACCUGCAGCCGUCGGCCAAGAAGCUGCGCAAGGGUGGCAUCGGCAUCCUGGAGCUGGGCGUGCUGAGCGCGCGCAACCUGGUGCCCAGCAAGGCCAAGGAGGGGCGGCUGGCGGACCCCUACUGCGUGGCCAAGUACGGCGCCAAGUGGGUGCGCACGCGCACGGCGCUCAACACGCUGGCGCCGCGGUGGAACGAGCAGUACACCUGGGAGGUGUUCGACCCGUGCACGGUGCUCACGGUGGCGGUCUUCGACAACAGCGCCGUCCUGCCGCCUGGUGGCGGCGGAGAGAAGGCCGACCAGCGGGUCGGCAAGGUGCGCGUCCGUCUCUCGACGCUGGAGAUCGACCGCGUCUACACCCACUUGUACCCGCUCAUGGCGCUCUCCCCGUCGGGGCUGAAGAAGACCGGCGAGCUCCACCUGGCGGUGCGCUUCACCUGCACGGCGUGGGCCAACAUGCUGGGCAUGUACGGGCGGCCGCUGCUGCCCAAGAUGCACUACACCCACCCCAUCUCCGUGCUGCAGCUGGACUACCUGCGCUUCCAGGCGAUGCAGAUGGUGGCGGCGCGGCUGGGGCGCGCCGAGCCGCCGCUGCGGCGCGAGGUGGUGGAGUACAUGCUGGACGUGGAUUCGCACAUGUUCAGCCUGCGCCGGAGCAAGGCCAACUUCUACCGCGUCACCUCGCUCUUCUCCGGCGCGGUGGCGGUGGCGAGGUGGAUGGACGGCAUCUGCAAGUGGAAGAACCCGCUGACGACGGUGCUGGUGCACGUGCUGUUCCUCAUCCUGGUGUGCUACCCGGAGCUGAUCCUGCCCACCGUCUUCCUCUACCUCUUCAUGAUCGGCGCCUGGAACUACCGGCGGCGGCCGCGGAAGCCGCCGCACAUGGACACGGUGCUGUCGCACGCGGAGCUGGCGCACCCGGACGAGCUGGACGAGGAGUUCGACACCUUCCCCACCAGCAAGCCGGGGGACGUGGUGCGGAUGCGCUACGACCGCCUGCGCAGCGUGGCGGGGCGCGUGCAGACGGUGGUGGGGGACCUGGCCACGCAGGGCGAGCGGGCGCAGUCGCUGCUGAGCUGGCGGGACCCGAGGGCCACGGCCAUCUUCGUCGUGCUCUCGCUGCUCGCGGCGGUGGUGCUCUACGUCACGCCGUUCCAGGUGGUGGCCGUCGUGGCGGGGCUCUACCUGCUGCGCCACCCGCGGUUCCGGAGCAAGCAGCCGUCGGUGCCCUUCAACUUCUACAAGAGGCUGCCGGCAAAGACAGACAUGCUGCUCUAGCCUCUAGUAAAAUAACUUAACCACCAUCUACCAGGCAUUCUAUUCAUCAGACUGCAUGUUGCAGCAAAAUAAUGAAGCAAGCACUGUAUUUAUUUUGUCCGUCCGUGCUUCGCAUUCUUUCUUUCUUAGAAUAACUAACUGUGUGAGAUCAGAAUCAGAUCAGCAUGGAAGCUUCGACAUAGCAGCUGCAGCAGCCAUCAAUCAUGCAUGUAUGUACUCUAGAUAUUACCAGCAGCUGCAGCAGCAGAUGAAAGCCGCCACCCUGUUUGCUGUGCUGGUGCUGGAGGCGGCUGCUGGAGUGGUGUGAGAGAAAAACACUGCUGGCUAGUUGGUGGCUGGAGGCUGCUGCUGGAGUGGUAUGAGAGAAAAACACUAUUGGCUGGUGUUAGAGCAGAACAGCAGAACAGGGUGAAGAGCCACUAGCUACCACUAGUGGUACUGGUAGGUAGUUGAGGCAUUCUUUUCAACCUAUCAUGCUGCAUGCAUGAUGGGAUGAUGAGUGGGGCUAUACUUUUAUAAAGAUGAGGAGAGAUAUCCAUGGAAGAAUAAAGUUGUGCACGGAACGAAGGUGCACUCACUACUGACUGCA